UGUUUUCUUUCGUUUUUUUUUUUCGGUGUCCAUAAUCACACUUCUGACCUCUCUCUCUCUUGACAAAGAGUGAUUUGAUUCCUUCUUCUCCUCUAUUUCUUUUCAACAUUCAUCUGUUCCUACUUCCUAUCCCUCUUUCCUCCACUCUCUCUCUGUCUCUCAAUUUUUUUCCACAUUCUCUCAUCUCUAGUUUUGAUCUUCGCAUCAAAUGAAGAAGUUUGUGUUGAAGGUGGACUUGCAUGAUGACAAAGCCAAGCAAAAGGCUAUGAAGACAGUCUCUACUCUUACAGGAAUUGAUUCCAUGGCCAUGGACAUGAAGGCAAAGAAAUUAACCGUUAUCGGAACGGUUGAUCCUGUAAAUGCAGUCAGCAAACUGAGAAAAUAUUGGCCAACAGACAUUAUCACAGUAGGGCCAGCAAAAGAGCCUGAGAAGAAAGAGGAGGCUAAGAAGGAGGAACCCAAGAAAGAGGAGGCUAAGAAAGAGGAAGCCAAGAAGGAAGAAGCGAAGCCAGAGGAAGCCAAGAAGGAAGAACCCAAAAAAGAGGAAGAGAAGAAGGACGAGAAGAAGGAGGAGGAGAAGGGGGAAGAGAAGAAGGACGAGAAGAAAGAGGAAGAGAAGAAGAAAGAGCCAGCACCCCCUCCGGACCCGGUUAUGGAGCUUGUCAAGGCCUACAGAGCUUACAAUCCUCAAAUGACCACAUAUUACUAUGUCCAAAGCAUGGAAGAGAAUCCAAAUGCGUGUGUAAUUUGUUAGGUGUUGGGCUAUUAUAAAUUAAAUAUGAUAGCUUUUCCGGCCGGUUGAUGACGGUUUUUAAUCUCAUCACUGUGUGUUUAUCCUUGUAUAUAGUUGGUGCCGUGGUGAUGUAUGUGCCUCUUUCAUCUAUAUUCAGACAAUUUGUAGAAAGAAUAAAUGGAAUUUCGCUACUGGCACACUGUUUUCUCUA